GAAAACUGUCCGAAGACCAAAGGCGUCGGACCCGUGGCUGAGGAGCAGGCAGGCGCAUCCCUGCAGGGACCCCCUUCCACUCCGAGUGUUUAUGAAAUUGUAAACCAGGCUGCAAGAGGGAGACGGUCAGGAGGCAGAGGGGAGGGGGAGCUUAUUCCUCCUCCCUCUCUUGUCUCAAAGCCUUUUGCUUUCCAAGCUCAAAUGCUAGCUGAAAUCUGACGCCUGGACUGCACAUACUGAGACGUGGGCAUGCCCUUGCAGUGCACUGAUUUCCUCUGUAGCUUGGAGAGCCAGAGCCGCGCUGAGGCUCAGAGUGAGGAGCAGCUCCAUCGGGCAGCGAGUGCCACAUCACUGUGCUGCCUGCGCAAGGGGCUCCAGCAUGGUCCCGAGGCUCCUGCUCCUCCUUGGUGGGCUGCUUAAGGCCACCGAGCCAGCACCCCGCUGUGAAACCGGCCAGGAGACCCUAGGUCAAUGCCAAACUGUACAGAAAGCAAAAUGCGUGGACAUUGCCUUAAGUUCUUGUACUGAUGUUGCCUAUACUCAAAUGAUGUAUCCUAAUUUUCUGGAUCAGAAGUCUCGAGAAGUGAUUGAGUACAGCUCCGAGUACAUCCUCAUCAGCGUGCUGCAUAACUUGCUCCAGGGAGAAUGCAAUCCGGACCUGAGGCUCCUGGGCUGCUCAGUGCUGGCCCCGCAGUGCGAAAAGGACAAAGUUAUAAAGCCCUGCAGGCAUGUCUGUGAAAACCUGAAAAAAAAUUGCCUCCCUGCCUUUGAUGCAAUAGACAUGGCUUGGCCCUACUUCUUAGACUGUGACCGCUUUUUCGCUGGGGAAGAAGAGGGAUGUUUUGACCCGCUGGCAAAGCUGCGAGGAGAAGUAGAUGUUGAAGAAGAUUUGCCUUCAGACUUGCCAGGAACUUUUAUUCAGUUCAAACACCAUUCAUAUUCCCAAAUGGUGAGCACAUUGAAGAAGACUGCUUCUAAGUGCUCCCAUAUUGCAACAAUUUACAGCAUAGGUCGCAGUUUUGAAGGGAAGGAUCUUCUCGUGAUUGAGUUUUCAACCAAGCCUGGACACCAUGAACUGCUCAAGCCAGAAUUUAAGUACAUUGGCAAUAUGCAUGGAAAUGAAGUUGUGGGGAAAGAACUGCUAAUAUACCUCGCACAGUAUCUGUGUUCGGAGUAUCUUCUCGGGAACCCUCGCAUCCAGACCUUGAUUAAUAAUACCAGAAUUCAUCUCCUACCUUCACUCAACCCUGAUGGGUAUGAACUGGCUGCAGAAGAGGGAGCUGGUUACAAUGGAUGGGUCAUUGGACGACAGACAGCUCAGAACUUGGACCUGAACAGAAAUUUCCCUGAUUUGACGUCUGAGGCUUACAGCAGAGCUGGGAUUCGUGGGGCCCGCCUUGACCACAUCCCCAUUCCACAAUCCUACUGGUGGGGUAAGGUGGCCCCUGAGACGAAAGCAGUCAUGAAGUGGUUGAGAUCUAUCCCAUUCGUGCUCUCUGCCAGCCUCCAUGGGGGUGAGCUGGUUGUGACCUAUCCUUACGACUAUUCGAGGCAUCCUAUGGAAGAAAAAAUGUUCUCCCCUACACCUGAUGAGAAGAUGUUUAAAAUGCUGGCUAAAGCCUACGCAGAUGCACAUCCAGUCAUCUCGGAUCGAUCCGAACUUCGUUGUGGUGGAAAUUUUGUGAAACGCGGAGGUAUUAUAAAUGGUGCUGAGUGGUACAGCUUCACUGGAGGUAUGGCAGAUUUUAAUUACCUUCACACAAAUUGCUUUGAAGUUACCGUGGAGGUAGGAUGUGAAAAGUUUCCUUUGGAGGAGGAAUUGUUUACAAUCUGGCAUGAAAACAGAGAUGCCCUUCUGAAUUACAUGGAAAUGGUUCAUCGAGGGAUAAAAGGAAUUGUGUCUGAUAAGUUUGGCAACCCAAUAAAAAAUGCUCGUAUUUCAGUCAGGGGCAUCCAGCAUGAUGUCACCACAGCUGCUGAUGGAGACUACUGGCGACUCCUGCCUCCAGGGACAUACAUAAUCAGCGCCCAAGCCGCGGGAUACAGCCGGGUGAUGAAGAGGGUCACCCUUCCCGCCAAGAUGAAACGGGCCGGGCGAGUCGACUUUGUCUUGCGACCUGUUGAGGCUUGGCCCAACAAGCUCCUCCGCCGGUCGAUGGAAGACAUGUACGACCCGUACGACCCGCUGGAACUUUUCGACCCUCACGCCCAACACGGGCAGCCUGAGGCUCGAGGUGGGUCGCCGCCGGGCAGGGAGAAGCCUUGGUGGUGGUCUUACUUCAGCUCUCUAGACCUGCACAAACCUCUGUGGCUGCUCAAGCAGCACUGAAGGGUGUCACGGUGCUCUGCUCACCUCGCUCUGCUGCCCUUCCACCCGACUCCAGAUGCUCUCACUGCUCUUGGCAAUAUUUAAAUCUGUUUCAUUUGAAAAUAUAAUGUUAAUUCAAGCUCGCUUACUACUUUUGUUUUCUCUUCACACGCAGCUGAGUAUGUUCAAGUGUUUUUAUAUAUUAAAAACAAUGGUACACACCCGUUCAAAGGCCAGGUUUUAUGCAGUUUUUUUCUUGGUAAUGCUC